GAGAAGAACACAAAACCUUAAAAAAAACAUAUAACAAGUCAGUCUUCUCGUGAAACUGAAACUGAUUCUACACGCUCUGUUCGUUCCCCACAUUCUCACCGGAAUCUUCAGCCGUGGCUUCUUCUUCCGGCCCGAACCACACCAAUCUCUCCCGGAGAAAAACCCACCCUCCAUCAAACAAACCCACCUCACCUCCCGACCCGACCCGGAUUGUUCAUACAUCAGAUCUGCCGUUCUAUCUAAAAACCUGGUUUAUAUACGCUUUAUACAUAAUGGCAUUCACUUGUUUUGGGGUUGCUAUAUUUCUUUUUCUUUUUCUCGAUUCUGAUUUCAGUUUUAAUUCCUCUCCUGUCUACGCAUCAGCAGCUGCUUCUGAAGGAGUUGAGGUCACCUACGGGUCUGUGAUCAAGCUGAUGCACGAGAAAACGAAAUUUCGGUUGCACUCACAUGACGUGCCAUAUGGUUCUGGCAGUGGACAACAGUCAGUUACUGGUUUCCCAAAUGUUGACGAUUCUAACAGCUACUGGAUUGUGAGGCCUAUUCCUGACACCAAUGAAAAACAAGGAAACACAAUUAAAAGUGGAACAAUUAUCAGGCUGCAGCAUAUGAGGACCCGAAGAUGGCUUCACAGCCAUUUACAUGCAUCCCCUAUAACCGGAAAUAUGGAGGUGAGUUGCUUUGGAGAUGAUGGAAACUCGGACACCGGGGAUUAUUGGAAACUUGAAAUUGAGGGAAGUGGAAAAACUUGGAGGCAAGAUCAGAAGAUCAGACUUUUUCAUGUGGACACUCAAGGCUAUCUACACAGUCAUGACAAAAAGUUCAGCCGGACUGCAGGCGGUCAGCAAGAGGUUUGUGGCGUUAGAUUGAAGCGCCCAGAUAAUAUUUGGUUGGCAUCAGAGGGUGUAUAUCUCCCAGUUACUGAAAGCAAGUAAUUCGAAGAAGCGUGAGUGGUAAAGCCUAUCCUAGACACUGGAUUUAUGACCACCGGCUUAACUUCAAUAACCGUUUUAGCAAUUUCAUAUAUUUGGAAAUCAAGAUACUGAGCUGCAUAUGUAAAGAUUUGGUUAAACAACUGUAAUACUAAAAGAAACAUUUUGUAGUGUAUGCUUUGUCCAAGAAUUAAGGGGAAAAAAGAGAAAGAAAAGAAGUGUAUCGGAUCGUUUCAAUC